CAUUUGACGUUUCACUUUUCUGUUGCCAGCGCAGAACAUAAACUUUCUUUUAUGAGAUUUGGUUCUUGAUCUAUUCGGUUCUGAUCUUUGCAAAGUGCUAGUGAUUUGAUAUAUUGGAAAUAUUCAACAAAAUGUCUGGAAAGAGUAACAAAGCUUUCACGAAGGAAGAAGAGCUGCUGCUACAGGAUUUUAGCAGAAAUGUGUCAACGAAGUCAUCUGCCUUAUUUUACGGGAAUGCUUUCAUAGUCUCCGCUAUUCCCAUAUGGUUGUUCUGGAGGGUGCAUGCCUUAGAAGUCAGUACGUCUUUAGUCUGGUUUGCGUUAGUGACAGGCGCAAGUACUUGGCUCCUAGCCCUGGCAUACCGUAACACCAAGUUCCAACUGAAGCACCGCGUAGCAGUCCGCCGCGAAGAUGCCGUUGCCCGGGAGAUGUCUAGGAAACUUGCCGAAGAUAAGAAGAUGAGCAGAAAAGAAAAGGAUGAGAGAAUUCUGUGGAAGAAGAAUGAAGUAGCUGACUAUGAGGCGACCACCUACUCCAUCUUCUACAACAACGCCUUGUUCCUCACCAUCGUCAUCCUCAGUAGCUUCUACCUGCUGCGCUCCUUCACACCUACAGUUAACUACAUUGUAUCUCUGACUGCGGCGUCUGGACUCCUGGCUCUGCUCUCCACUGGCACCAAGUGAUUUGUUGGACAAGACUAAUUCAGUGAAUGAAUGUGUGAAAUCAAAUUAGUGCAAACAUUUAAGUUUCACCGUUAAACCAGAGUGUUUGAACUAAGUUGUUUUUAAGAGUGCUUGUUGAGUAAAAAUGUUACUAGAUUAAUUUUAUAAAAGUAAAUUAAAGAACAAUAAAACAAGUUUUAAACA